AUGUUCAUAUACCUCGGACUCAGCGGUCUUCGAGGUUUGGACUCAGUGAGCUCCCUGCUGGCCCUCUUGACACGCCGCAAGUAUUGGACGCGCUGGGAGUUUCUGACCAACCUUCCAAAGCCUCAACUGGCCGUCUUCACUUUCAUAAACUUCUUUCAACUCUCCAUCCUCAUUGUGUGCAUAGUCCUUGCCGAAUUUACCUCUGCCUCCUACGUUACCCUGAUCACACCCUUCGUCCUCAUUGGCUGCGGUCUGAUCCGGGAGUUCUUGCUACCUAGAUGGCGAUGGCUAGCACCAUCCCUGGAAAAGGUAGGCGAUAUACCCCAACCAUUCUACAUAAGAAACAAACUGCCACAUAAAUUUCCAUUAUGACUUUUAGGUAUGUGUCAUAGAACACAUAUUCUUUACCAUUUAAAGUCCGUGUAUUGACUUCUACUACGAGGUAGAACUGAUGGAAUAACAUGAAAUUUGGUAUUUCGACCGAUGGGAUUAAACCUACUGUUGUCCGCAGUUUACAAAAUUAUCAACGGAGAUUCCCAUGCUAGCCACAGCGGUCUGCAUAAUUUCGUUUUACUCGGCGUUUGUUGCAUAACAGCCUGUUAUCCUGCAAGUGAUUUGUCUAGUCGACUGAACACCAAUUUGCGCCGGUCCGAUCUAUUCUGAGAUGCAGACAAUACGCAUAGGCGAUUACUGAAAUUGACAGAACCUGAGAAUCCUUUCUGGGUAAAAGUAAAGUUACCUGGGAAACUGCUGGGCAGUGUUAAGCAGAUGAAAUAAUGGCAGAAAUUUAAACCCAACGCUUAACCCUAAAAUCCAACACUGACCGCAACCGUAAAGCCUAACGAUAAGCCUAGAAACCGAAACGUAACCAAAAUCUUAAAACCCAACGGUAACCCAAAACCUAGUCAUAACCCUAACCCUAACCUUGACCCUAAUUCUAACCUUAACCCUAUCCCCAAACUUAGGCCUAACCCUAACCCUAACCUUAACCGCAACCCUAACGGGAACCUAAACCCUACCCCUAACACUGAAACCUGACCCUAGAACGCAAACCCUAAUCCUAAGACUUAACUUAUGCCUAACCCUAACCCUCACUAAACCCAACAGCCUGACAGAAACGGGCGACCUGGGUAACUCAGUUAUAGCACACCUACUGAUAAAAACUUCCCUACACAAGGUAAGCAAACCUACUGAUAACAAGUACGUACGUCGGCAAUAUCAACGUAUAAUGUCUGGCUAUCAACUGCGAUCUUACCCUUUGUGUUUUGAAAUUUACGUAUAACUGCUGCGAUAUAAGCACUAAAACACCGACCUCGGUUCGUUAAGUAGGCCUCCUGAUUGUCGAAAAGAGUCACGGCUUUCGAUGAGACACUUCGGAACUCUCAUUGUUUAGGGUAGUAUAUGACCGAUUGACGACAAUGGUGGGAAAUGUCGUUGUAUCCUUUAGUUUUUUUCGGAGAUCGUUAGAGUUAAGUGGAGGUUGCACUGUAUUCCAAGCAACCUGCCAUUUUGGCUGAUACAGAAAAAGAAACCAGUACUCUUCCGAAUGCUUUCCAUGUUUUUUUCUUUAUUUUAAGCUUGACAAACGCUGCCUUCCAGCUGCUGGUACCUUCAAGGACCCAACAAGUUCGACCUUCGAGGAGGAAUCUGGAUCGUCGGAAAAGGUCGACAAGCAAUUAAACCACGAGUCCGUGGAAACUUUGCUUUUCUAA